AAUAUUGUUUUUGACAAUUUGAAGUUACCUAACGUACCUAACCUCUUGCUUUGCAUUAAAAUAAUAGAGAAUUAGGAUAAAAUUGACACGAUGUUUACUAAGCGACUAAUACACAUUGCACAACUAAGUGCAGUCGGUUUAACUGGAUAUUAUUUGGGACAAUGGGAUAAACUUAAUAGCAAUGAAGGCACAGUAACUAUAGAUGGUAAAACUUUAAAAAGUAUGCCAGGUUUGCCAAUAUUUGGCACUGUAUCAGCUGCAACACCUUAUACAGACAGUGGUGCACCUAAAGAUAGGGUAUCACAAAUAAUGAAAUAUGGUUUCCCCAGUCUAGACAAUGUGCGUUCCUAUGAUGAUUUCGUGUUGUCAUAUGACCAGAAAAAUAGAGUGCCUAACUGGGUAUUUGAACAUAUAACUAAAGAGCAUGUUAAGAAAAAUGAUGCAGUAGACCGAAGCAAGUGUGACUUUACUCCUGAUGAAAGCAUACAUCCAUUUUUUAGAUCUCAAAAUAGUGAUUACAAAGGAUCAGGCUUUGACCGAGGCCACAUGGCUGCGGCUGGUAACCACCGUCUUGCUCAGAGACAUGUGGAACAAACAUUCUUUUUGACAAAUAUGGCUCCUCAGGUAGGCGAAGGGUUCAAUAGACAUGCCUGGAACCGCUUAGAAAAGCAUGUCAGGAAAUUAACGAAAGUUUAUGAUAAUGUUUAUUGCUGCACAGGACCUCUAUACCUUCCCAAAAAGGAAUCAGAUGGCAAAUCAUAUGUAAAGUACCAAGUAAUAGGAUCCAACUCGGUGGCAGUGCCCACCCAUUUUUAUAAGGUUGUGGUCGGUGAGGCCACAGAUGGCUUAUUAGACAUGGAGGCAUAUGUCAUGCCAAACCAAAAGAUACCUGAUGAAACACCCGUUUCUUUUUAUAUGGUACCUCCAGAAACUAUCGAAAGAGCAGCCGGGCUGCUCUUCUUCAAUAAUCUACAAAGGAGUAAGCUUAAUACAAUAAAUGGAAAGAAGGUAAAGUGACCAUGGAAGUCUCCAUUGAAUAGUCCAAUUUUAUAAAUAUUAUUUUAAAUCAAUUGUAAUAUAUGUGUACAUAUCGCUGUGACAGAAAAUAUUAAUUUUAAAUAAAAAGACGUAAUAUUAAAA